AGAUAACUGAGAUCACUUGCAAGUUAGUUUUGCAAAGAUGCCUAGGCCACUUGCUGACUUGCAAGUUAAUUUCAAGUCCAUGACCAUGUAACCAAAUAUAUAUGCCUGUUGCUGUUGCUGUUACACUCUCAUUACAUUCCAGUUGCAGCCAAGAUACACCCAAAGAGCAGAAACCGUAUGAGCAGAGAAGAUGGUGGAGACAUAGAGACCAACAAAGGCGCACCUUGCCUUCACCGAGAAGAAUUCUUUCCCUGCAGCAUUUUUCUUGAUGCCAAAUGUAAAGAAGAUGGCUGAAAGGUCAGUAGUGGUCCCAGAGAGUAGGAGUGUGAGGAGGAGCAAAGGUAAGGCAUUUGUUUUUCCCGCCUUGCAUGUCCCCACUUGAUCUUCUCCCCGCAAGCCAAGAACAAGGCCACAGCUCCUGCUGUAUGGCUACUUAAGCUCAUCCAUGUCGAACCGAAUGCCGCAACGACAGAGGUCAGGUAGAGGACGACAGAGCGAUCAGACAUGGGACGCGCGUUCGCGUACGUGAUCCUGGGCGGCGGCGUGGCCGCAGGCUACGCGGCGCUCGAGCUCGUCCGCCACGGCGACGGCGUGUCACCCGGCGAGCUCUGCAUCAUCUCCGACGAGGCGGUCGCUCCUUACGAACGCCCUGCACUAAGCAAAGGCUAUCUGCUCCCGCGAGGGGCUGCUCGUCUUCCGGCGUUCCACACUUGUGUUGGUGCUAACGAUGAGUUGCUCACGGAGCAGUGGUACAAAGAUCACGGUAUAGAACUAGUUCUUGGGACGAGGGUGGUUUCUACCGACGUCCAGCGGAAGACACUGCUCACAGCUACCGGAGAGACCAUCAGCUACAAGACUCUCAUCGUCGCGACAGGUGCGCGGGUCUUGAAGCUGGAGGAAGUCGGAGUGACCCGUUCAGAUGCCACGAACGUGUGCUAUCUGCGCAGUCUGGAGGAUGCAGAUAAAAUGGUGGGAGUUAUGAGAUCGUGCCAUGGUGGAAACGCUGUUGUGAUCGGUGGCGGGUACAUAGGAAUGGAGUGCGCGGCGGCCUUGGUUGCCAAUGACAUCAAGGUCGCCAUGGUGUUCCCGAGAAAACACUGCAUGGAUCGCCUCUUUACACCGAAAAUCGCUGAAUUUUACGAGAAUUACUAUGCUGCAAAGGGAGUUACUUUCAUCAAAGAAGCUAGGGUUACGUACUUCGAGACAUCGUCAGAUGGGAAGGUGACUGGAGCGAUCCUGCGAGAUGGCAGGCGCCUCCCUGCCGACAUGGUGGUCGUCGGCAUCGGCGCUCGCGCCAACACCGAGCUCUUCGACGGGCAGCUGGCGAUGGAGAAAGGCGGGAUCAAGGUGAACGGGCGGAUGCAGACGAGCGACGCCGCCGUGUACGCCGUGGGCGACGUGGCCGCGUUCCCCGUUGCGCUCUUGGGCGGCGACGUGCGCCGGUUCGAGCACGUCGACUGCGCGCGCCGGACCGCCCGGCGGGCUGUCGCGGCGAUCUUGGAGCGCCCCGACGCCGCCGCGGAGCAGGGGGAGAUGGGCUUCGACUACCUGCCGUUCUUCUACUCCAGGGUUUUCGCCCUGUCCUGGCAGUUCUACGGCGACAACGUCGGCGAACCUGUCCACUUCGGGGACUUCUCGGUCCCGGCCGGCGGAAGGCCAAAAUUCGGAGCGUGUUGGGUCAGCGGAGGGCUUGUCGCUGGCGUCUUCCUAGAAGGCGGGAGCCGGGAGGAGAACGAGGCGGUGGCGUCCGCCGUCCGGUGCCGCGCGAGGAUCGGUGACGUCGCCGCCGAACUCGAGAGCCGCGGCCUCGCGUUUGCCGACCAGGAGUCCCGCCGGAAGUUGACGCGUCGUUGUUACGGGCUUGCUGCCGGCGGUGACAAGCCUACGUAUGCGUGGCAUGCCACGGUCGGCGUCGCCGCGGCGGUGUCCAUCGCAGCGUUCGCGUACUGGUACGGCUGGCAGGCGCCGUACGUGGUGAAACGAGAAUUCUGAAGACUAUGUUGCCUAUCACGUGGAGGCUGGCCUCAAGUAAGAUGCAAGCGGGAUCGUAACAAAAUCCACACUUCUGAUUUAUUUUGUGGUUUCCGGUUUAAAUUUUAGUUCUAAAAUUUAGAUUUUAUCGAGACCUCGCUUCCAUCCUUAACCUCAAUAACCUCAAGAUAAUAUAUUCACUCUCCUAUCUC